UUACCAUGAGCUGUGGCUAAAGUUCACAGAAAGAGAAGCGGAAUUAUAUCAAUGUAGUAAGCAGUAAAAAGUUAGAAAGAAAAGGAACAAGGAAAACACAAAAUGGCCCCGAAGAAUAACUUGCAGUACUUAAUUCGGAAGUACCAGGCCGAGGAUAAAGACGCCGUCAUCUCACUCUUUUGCAAUGGGAUUUUGGAACACGUCUACCCAGCUUUCUUUAAGGCUAUGAGCAACACAGAUCAAAUUGGCGUGACCCUAAGCAUUUCAAUGGCAGGCUACGUGUUGGGUGGAAGCUCCUAUUUUAUGGCCUUGCUCUUCGGGGGAGCGUGGGCCGGGCUCAUCUACUACUGCUGCUUUGACUUAUACGAGGGCUACAGGCUGAGAAGAAUGAACACAGACAUGGCUGACAUCCAGGCUAGCUACCUGGACAACCCAGACAAUGGCUUCUGGGUGGCGGAGGCAGAGCUCAACGGCACGUCCAAGGUGGCUGGGGUGGUAGCAGUGAUUGGGUGGAAGGAAGGUCAUUCGGUAGGUAUUGACGAGACAGGCCAAGACGAGAGCGCCGGAAGCUAUUGUGAGGUGCUCCAUCUGAUUGUGUCAUUUGGGUGCCGCAAAAAAGGCCUGGGCUCCCAAAUGACUCAGAAGGUCAUGGAGUUCUGCAAGGAGCGUGGCUUCUCCCGUGUCGUUCUGGAGAUCAGUUCGACGCAGGCCGCAGCCUAUGCCCUCCUCAGCGAAUCGGGCUUCAUUCAAACCCGCCAAAGUAACGCACAUGGUAACCACUGGUUCUCCAAGCUGGCCAACAUCCAAGUGAUGCGUAUGGAGAAAGAAGUCUGACAAUCAUUGAUCAGUAGCUCAUCUGUAGCGCGCUACCCGUGACAGGGCUAAUGUGUAGAAAAUAGUAUACUGCUCAUUCAUUGCAAGCAGAUUUUAAACAGGCCCUAUAAAAUCACAGGGCUGCCUUACAGAUUGUGUCUUGUCCAAGCAGUUUGAAAACGUGCUAUAAUGUAAAUUUACAAUUUGAUCAGAAUGGAGGUUUUUAACACAUUUUUGGACGGAGUAUUCUAAUGGUUCAAACUUGUUUUGGCCUGCACAAUGCCACGGAAGGUUUCCACUAUUGUAAAUCAGUCUACUGGGUUUGGAUGUUUAUGGGUUCCGAGCAAUCAGCCAAUGAUCUAAUCACUGUUUUCUUCUCCAUCUUCUUCUCAAUCUUCUUCUUCUUCUUCUUCUGUUUUUAAAUGGCUUUAAUACCACCAUCUAGUGGACACAAUUAGAGAAUGACAUCAGCGCUCAAACAUUGCAGGUGCCUGUAAAUCACCGAAAUUAAAUGUAUGCAUUUAUCAAGCAAGAAAAAAAUGACAGAAGAAAAUGUACCACUUCAAAAUGGAAAUUGCCUCAGUGUGCUCACAGACGCCGUAAUGGGACAGACAUAAUGAUGAUUACUCUAACUCUGUGGUUUCACCUUCUUAGUUUUAUGCUUUUCAGUUUUCCUUAUGCAUGUAGCAUACCUUAUUACCUGCAGGCACUGAGACCAGUGAGGCAAUAUUACCAUACCACUUGUUUAAAGAAACGUAAUUCAUAAAGACCUUUGCUAAUGUUUACAGAGAAAAUGAAAUCCUCAUGUGAAUGUGUGAAGUGUUAAGAUAUGAUGCAAAGAAACGAACAAUUGCCCAACACAAUUAUGGAUUGUUCUCUUGUACACUGAAAAAUAACAAGCCUUCUUCAUGACUGAAUUACUGGCAAAUACAAAUCAUACAAAUGUAAACCUUACUUUUUAAGCCUCUUUUCAUCCAGGGAAAAGUUGAAUCCCUUUGCCUCACAGUAAUAACUGUCAGCUGACUUCUAUGACCUCAAAACUGUUUAAAAUACUAUUGCAAGGUGAAAUGGUAUAGGAGGUUUAAAAUUAAUUCAAGACAAAGAAAAAAGUUGAUGUGUAUGUCGCACUUGUCUUGUAAAGUAAUUGUUUACAACAAUGCUGAAUGGUAAAGACAGAAACGUGAUCACACAAUAUAAGCAGAGCAUAGGCUGCAGAUAACAGGAUAUUUCAAAACUCCGAAAAUUAUCAGAGAUUGAGAGCAAUCUUAAGUAACAUUUUUAUCUUUCAAUCGUUUUCAACUUGCAUGAAACCCAAACUAAUGUAUUAAGUUUAGUGAAACAACCAUACAUUUUCUAAAAAUCUGUUUGGAUUGUAGGCCAUCAACAGGAAUUUGCAUUUGUACUUACUACCCAUUUAGAACCUUAGUUUGCUAAGACUUUCUUUAUCUUUUCUGUUGUGUUGCAAUUGUUAAGCCCUUG